AAUCAUGUGCUAUCCUCAUUUCUCUGUUUUUCAUUAAUUAGGUGAUGACAUGAAACGAAAGUACACAUUAACUAGUCAAGUUUCUAAAUGAAGAGCUAAGAUAGACUUAGUCAUGCUAAUAAUGGAUCUUCUUAGUCUCCUGAUCUUAUCCCAAGAGCACUGGUUAACUUGGUUAGUAGCUCAAGGAUUCAUAUGAAAUGACAAUAUAAUGAAAAACUAACUUAAACACAUGAUUAGGAAUGGUCAAAUAAUAGUGGGUCUACCGUGGAGAAAUAACUCCUCACGGUUUAACUAAACUUUGUUUUAUAUACAUGGUUGUCAUGUCCGAUUUCUACUGGUCGGUUCAAUCAAAGUACAAUCGGAACCGAUCAUUAAAUCGGAUGGAAAGGGGUCGAUAUUUAAUUUUGGUCAAAUCCGAUCAAAACCGAGAACACCAAUAAGUUAAACUAAAUAUAUUUUUAAUUUUACGUAUCUAAUUGUUUAGUAUUAGUUAUCAAUUUCUGAUUAUGAAUUAUUUUGUGUGAAUUAACUCUUUCAAUUACUUCUUCCUAACUAAUUUAUUUGAUAUUGAUGAUUUUCAUUUUUCUCACGUAUUCUCUUAAAAUCAGCAUAACCAACAUAAAUUAGUCGUACUAUAAGUCGUACUAUUUCACUCUCUAAACCAGUAUUGACAACCUUGAUUACAUUACAAACGGAAUCAAGAGCUUAAUAUUGUUAUACUGGUGCGGUCCAACCAAAACGGGCAUCCAUUCCACCCGAAUCACCACCGCUUCCUCGUUGGAUCCAAGUUCCGGGGAGAAACUCACACCCGGAAAACCCUAGAUUAGCUCCCUCCUCUCCGCUCCCGAGCGUCCCCAUCGCAUCGCAUGAUCGUGUCCGUCGGCACUCAACAGUCAGCACUAGCUCUCAGUCUAUUGAUUUCCAAUGGCGGACGAAGCGAACAGAACUGCUUUUAUGGAGAUUCAAGGUCGCAUGAUCGAGACUACCGCCAAACUUAAGCAGGUGCAGAACCAGAUGCGUACUAAAGAGGGAGAAAAGAAGCGUGCUUACCUGACUUUGCAGGAGUUGCAGCAUGUACCUGAUGGCACAAAUACAUACAAGUCCAUAGGGAGAACGUUUGUCUUGGAGCCUAAGCCUGUGUUGAUGACUGAGCAAGAGCAAAAGCACAAGGACAGUGAAUCUGCAAUAGCAUCGCUGCAGACCUCCAAGGAAUACUUGGAAAAGCAGAUGGCGGAGGUGGAGAACAACUUGAGGGAACUUUUGCAGCAGGACCCUGGUCUUGCCCGCCAGAUAAUGUCCAUGAGUGUGUAAUGUAAUGUCAGUGAGUCCUCGAAUAUCGUCCUCGAAUAUCGUCCUGGUUUUACUACAGAUUUGCCGUUUGAUUGAAUAGUAGCUGGUUGGAAUCCACCGUAAUUGUGCUUCGUUUAAUCUCUUGUGUUUCUUUUCUCCAGAACAACUUCUGCAUUCAAGUGUUUCAACAAGAAUUCUAGAUGGUAUGUAGACUUGCACAAGUAAUGUAGGACGCGUAAGGAUGCAUCCCGUGAGGAAGAUUGAUACAGUUUUUGAAAUUUGAUUGGUUAAAGUUUAAUGGUAAGAAAUAAUAAAGUUCAUUUUCUAAUCUCUAAAUAAUUCGAGUAAUUAAGACCAAUUGAUUCUUAGUAUUAGAGUUCAUGAUGGCAAAAAGCUCUUUGUACUAAUCUCUAUGACCUCUGCUAAUAUUAAACCGUUGGUGUGUAUACAAAUUAUGAUAAACACGUGCAAACUUUAAAUCAGUAACCCAACUGUAUGAUUUGUAUUCCAAACUUAAUCUUCUAUUUAAACCAAUGAUUGUAAAAUUAUAUUGGAGAUUAUGCAUGCGAAGUCAGUAGUGAUAUGAUAUUUUGUGCUUAAUCUAUGGUUUAAUUGUAGUAUGGAUACAUUAACGAAUUUUACUCUUUUGAUGGGUAAUAAAGAGAGCAACACUUGACUUUUGAGUGGUUACUGGUUGGUCAAUGUAUUAUGUGUAUCAUAUAGUAUAUUAGAUACAUGGCUAAUUGCUUAAUUGAUGAUCGAUUAGUAGUGUUUAAAACAAAACCAAACCACCUAAAUCAAAUAAACUAAAUUUUUUAAUCAAAGUAAACCAAUUAGACAUUUAUCAAAAUUAACCCAACCAAACACUAUUAAUUAUAUGAUUACUGGUUAUCACGGUAACUACUUCAACACCCCUAAACUCGUGCUAAAUCUAGGGUGUUCAAAUGGUUACUAUGGUAAUAACCAAACCAAAUAAGUCUAAAAUCUAUUAACUAUGGAAUACAAUUUUAUAACCAAACUGUCCAAACUAAUACAACAACCAAAUUAACCAAACUAAAGUGUAUUCGGUUUGGUUAAUUGGUUAACCAAAACAACCAAUAUAACACCACAUUAUCAUUAAGUGAGAAAAAUUUUCAGUUAGUGCAUCAAUUUGCAAUUUAUAUAAUGAACAACACAUAAUAAUCCACAUAAUUGUGGUUAACCCUUAACGUAAAUACAUGUAACAAAUACAAUUAUCUUACAUUUGACUCUUGAGGGGUUAUGCAAAGUAUUAAGUAUGUGUAUAUAAUAUACAUGAGAUAUAUGACAAAUUACUUAACUCGUUAGUUUGGUUUGAUUGGUUAGGAGUGCCUGAAACCAAACCACCUAAACCAAACAAGCUAAAUUUUUUAACCAAACCAAAUCAAUUAUCGAAAUUGACCAAACCAAAUUAGUCAAAUACUACUGGUUAAAAUGGUUACCACGGUAACCACUCCGUUUGAACACCCCUAGCCAAAUCAAUCUCUCGGUCCGCUCACGGUUGCUGCUCCGCGAGUCCUCCCUCAAAAGCGGAUCCGGUCCAAUUAAUUCAGAUUUCAGAUCAUACCCUUGUCCCUUGUGCUCCAAAGAAACGAAUAGAAUGGGCCUGGCUCACAUGGGCCUGGCUUGGAAAUUUGGUCCAAACCAAAACCAGUCGAUUCUUGGCUCGCGCUCAUUUUUAAUGUGUACAUCUGCAAAUAUCUGCAGUGCCUUUGCAUUUCAGUUUUGCUCAUAUAAUCAUUUUUAUGUAAAAUUGCACUAAAAUUUGCAAAUAUACACCACAUAUUUGAUAAUGACACAAGGGUCAUUCCGUGGUUAAUCCAACACAAAUUCAUGCCAUUUUAACAUAAAACACACACUAAAAUCAUCAAAAUCAAUGCAUUUGUAUGUA